AUGCAUAUUUGGAGCAUAAUUGCGACGCUGCUCUUGUUGGAGCAGUUGCUGGUGAUUUCCGAGGCGGCAAAUCUCUCACAGAUGGUGAAGAAACAAGCUCAGCAGCAGCAGCAACAACAACAAAAGGCAGGUCAAGCGUUGACGACAGCACAGCAACAACAACAACAGCAACAACAGCAACCCCAGCAAGGUCAAACACAAGGUUAUGUCCAUGAGGCGGAGAUUUUAACCGAUCAGCAGCAGGAAUUAAAAAGCGAAGAAGAUGAGGAGCAUGAUGCCUAUCAAAUGUUGCAGGAACUCAAACAGGAUUCACGCCUGCCAGCCUGGAAUCCAUUUGUGGCAUCCGUUAAUCCCUAUGAGAGCAUGCCCCAGCAGCGGGUACCUCCACCGCCUGCACUGCCAAUGCCCAAGAUGCUACCCUUUAUUGGCUAUGCUCAGCCUCUUCUCAUCCCAGUGCCGCUCUACAUAGCUCCAGAUAUGUUCUAUCCCGCCUAUCCUGGCGCCAGCAAUGACCUGGACGAUGUCGUCAUGUCACGGGCAGCUGGUGAUCGACGUCCAAGCGUGCAAGGUCAUCCCUCCCAGUCCCGCAAUUCACCCAUUUACUAUGUUCGCCUGCCGCCCACACCAUAUAUGUUUGUGCCGAACAUGGCUCCAGGCGCCUUCGGCAGUGGCUUCUCACCAUUGCUCACCUACCAGCCCAUGCCAUCGUUUUCCACAUUCGGCUCUGUGUUCAAUUUACCCGUCAAUUUUCUGUCCAAUGGCAAGCCCUCGGGUAUUUAUCAAAUGAAUGAUAUGACACAGUUCACGCCUGGUCUUGGCGGAGGCUCAUUUGGUAUGCGUCCGCCAACUCCAAGCAAUCCUUUUAGACAUCCGAUGACCCAAUCGUCGCCCAGCUAUGGACACACUCAGCAAACUUUUGGCCUAGCUUCGCUGCCUUCACCCCAGCAGGACUCCAAGUUGACCUCUCUCAAACGUCCAUUUGUAUUCAAUGGCCGUCCAGAGGAUAUAUAUAUACUGCCCAACAGUCUGAGUCCGAUCUACAAUGAUCAAAGCUAUUAUUGAGUUUCAAUAACACGUUUAGCAGAAUUCCAACGGAAAGUAUUACGAAACGCA